AUGGCUGCCGACCUCGACAAGGAGCAGGUCUCGGCCAAGGAGCAUCAGACUCCCAACACGGGCUCGCUCGACCCUGAGCUUGCUGAGGCCAUCCGCAACUUUGUUCCUGGCACGAGCGAGGAGAAGAAGCUCGUCAAGAAGAUUGAUCUCUUCCUGAUGCCCAUGCUUUGGAUCAUGUACAUUCUCAACUACAUUGAUCGCACGAACAUCGGCAAUGCCAAGAUCGCGGGAAUGGGCGACGACCUGGCGCUGGACGACAAUGAGUACGCCUGGGUGCUGUCCAUCUUCUUCUUCGGCUACCUCAUCUGCGAGAUCCCCUCCAACAUGAUCCUCAGCCGCACAGCGCCGAGUAUCUUCCUCCCGGGCAUCAUGUUCAUCUGGGGCGGCCUCUGCGCCGCCAUGGCCGUCGUCACCAACUACGGCGGACUUCUGGGCUUCCGCUUCGUCCUCGGCUGCGUCGAGGCCGGUUUCUUCCCUGGUGUCCUGUACCUGCUGUCGUGCUGGUACACAAAGGCCGAGCUCGGCAAGCGCUUCGCCAUCUUCUAUACGGCUGCUGUCCUCUCGGGCGCCUUUGGCGGCCUCCUCGCGGGUGCCAUCACCUCGAACCUUGACGGCGCCCACGGCAUCGCUGGCUGGCGCUGGCUCUUCAUCAUUGAGGGUGUUGCGACCGUCGGCGUCGCUGUCAUUGCCUACUUUGUCCUGCUCGACUACCCCUCGACCUCGAAGCGCUUGACGCCCGCGGAGCGGCAAAUGGCCCACGUCCGUAUCAUUGCCGACUCGAUCGCCCAGAACGGCGCCUCCAGCAACCGCCUCAGCCACUGGCAGGCGUUCGUCGCCGCCGUCUCCGAUCCGCGGACCUACAUGUUCCUCGUCCUCUUCAUGCUCGACGUCGGCGCCGGCACCAUCUCCUACUUCAUCCCCACCAUCACCGUCACCCUCGGCUACGACACGACGACGGCCCAGUACAUGACGGUGCCCGUGUACGCCGUCGCCGCCGUGGUGCUCAACAUCGUCGCCUGGUCGUCGGACCGCCACGUGGAGCGCCGCUUCCACAUCGCCGGCGCCCUCGCCCUCGGCUGCGCGUGCGCCAUCGUCUGCGCCGCCGUCCAGACGCCCAUGGUCCGCUACGUCAUGCUCUGCUUCGUCGCCGCCGGCAUCUGGUCCGCCCUGCCGCUGAUCCUGUCCUGGACGAGCGGCACCGUCAGCAUGCCGCCCGAGAAGCGCGCCAUCGUGCUCGCCAUGGUCAACGCCUUUGGCAACUUCUCCUCCGUCUACGGCAGCCGCAUCUGGCCCUCGACCGACAAGCCCGCCUACCACGUCGGCUGGGGUGUCACGGCCGCCUUCCUCGGCAGCGGCAUGCUCCUGGCCCUCGUGCUGCCCAUCCUGUGCAGCCUGGUCAACUGGAAGGGCACCAAGGCCGAGAGGGAGCUUCUCGAGGGGCGUGCCGAGGACGACGCGUCUGCCUAG